AUGUUAAUUCUGAAGGAGAUGUUUGGUGAGCAAGGCUGUUCUGCUAAGCAAGAAACUAUGAGGCAAAUUUAUAAUACCAAAAUGGCUGAAGAAUCAUUCAAGGAAUUUAGACUUAAUUAUAAUAUGAACAAAAAGAUUUAUGCAUUGUCUGAAUUAAUGAAUGAAUUGGUGGCCGCGGAAGGCAUUCUUGGUACAUCUAGUGUUGAUGCCAAUAUGGCUGAAGUUUCUACUUCUCAACCUAAGUCGAAAGGCAAGGGUAAGAAGAAGAAGAAGAAGAAGAAGAAGAAGGACUUCACCAAAAUUCAAAGAUUGAUCAAAGAUGGACGGUUAGAGCCAUUGGACUUUGAAGGAUUUCCAGUUUGUGAAUCUUGUUUGGAGGGUAAAAUGACCAAAAGACCUUUUGAUGCAAAAGGUAGAAGAGCCCAAGAGUUGCUUGAAUUAGUUCAUACGGAUGUAUGUGGUCCUAUGUCAACCCAAGAAAAAGGAGGUUAUGAGUACUUCAUCACUUUUACGGAUGAUUACUCAAGAUAUGGUUAUGUGAAUCUAUCGAAACAGAAGUCUGAAGCAUUAGAAAAAUUCAAAGAGUUUAGGGCUGAAAUUUAG